AUGAAAGGAAUGGGAUCCAGUGUUAGAUGGCCAGGCAAGCUCAAUGCCGAAGCAAGAAGAGACAUAACUAAGUGGUAUGAGUUUCACGGCGACCAUGGACAUAACACCCCGGAUUGCAUUGCCCUGCGUUUAGAGGUUGCCACGCUAUUGAAGAGGGGACAUCUCCGAGAUCUGCUGACUGAUAAAGGAAAGCACACCAUUAGCCAGAAAAGCAGUAAAGAAACUUCUCCACCCCCGCGAGAGUCCACGCCAAAAGGCUUCUGCUCACUCAUCUCUAGGGGGUCAGAAAUCAGCGGGGUAAGUUAUUCAUCAGCCAAACGAUACGCCAGGGCUAGCAGCCACCAUGAGAUACAGUCAAUCCGCCCAGUUUCUCGGUCACACUCCCAUCAGGUAAUUCAGUUCGAAGACGACGAGCCGAUCACCUAG